AUGUCUUCGUCUUCCAGCGCCGCGAAGAAAAACGAGAGAUAUCUAGACGUUGAUUCCAAUCGAGAUUUGAUGGGCAUAGUGAGAGGAAAAUGCAACCGAUGUAAUCGAUGCGAUGAGUACAAAUCGAAUUGCCAGCUCUAUACGAAAAAAGAGACUCCCAACUUCUCCUCAUCACCGCAUCCGUCAAACGAUGUUGCGAUUAUGAAUUGCGCUAAGUGUCGUUGCCCGAGCAACUGUCACGAAAUAGAUACGUUCGGUAACCAUUUAGAAAGAGGAACGGAUUCUUUCCACAGAGGUGAAUUUGAUUUGGCAAUCAAGGAGUAUUCUCUAGCCUUGAACUCGUCUGAUUCUGCUCUUCGAGUGAAAGCUUACUCAAACAGAGCUGCUACAAACUUGCAUCUGGAGAAUUUCAGCGCGGCGCUAUCUGAUUGCGAUCAAGCGUUACGAAUAGAGCCUGCGAAUGUGAAAGCACUGAAUCGAAAAGCACACGCGCUAUUGCGCUUGCAUAAACAGGAGGAUGGUAUUAAAAUAUACAGACUUAUUCUCAACAAGCUCGACGCCGAUAACGAGACCGCGCGCCAGGCGUUGAAACAUUUGAACGUGCACGAACGAACAAAGCAAAAGGGUAAUUCAGGGGAAACACGGAAUUCAGUGUCGCCACCAACAAUGAACACACUGGCAAGAUCGAAGAGUAAAGACGCGUGUACGCAAACACUGAAAAAUUCAACCGAACAUAAAAUUAUAGCACAGAGAGAAACAAAAAAUGCGUCGACGCAAACGCACGCGUACACAAAAUCGGACGACGACGAACCGAGCGACGACGUGUUACGAAAAUCUGUCGAAUUUUUCAACGCGUUUGAGCUCGAACAAAUAGAGCGACGGCGAGCAGAGGACGAAGCGAGAAGUAAAAUGUGGGCCUUCAACGACAGCGGCAGCGAUGACGACGAGAAUGAAAACGAUAACAGAGACAGGGUUGACGAUGUUCCCAGCGGCGACGAUACCUUCCUAUACGACCAGAAUGAUUCAGAGAGUUUUAAUUGGGCUCUUAAAUGGGAAGAAGAGCAAAAUGCGAGGAAAAAUGAGCGCGUAAAACCAGAUAUUCGGUCAAAAGGAAAAAAUACGUCUGAUUUUACCAGCACUAAUUUCGCGAAGAUAUCGUUCGAGGAUUUAAUACAAGCGACUUCGGCGACGAUUUCUGUUUUGGGCGACGACGACAUAAACGGACAUAAACGCGGCAAGUGUCUCAACUGCAAAGUAUGCCCGCACUUUAGACGCGUUUCCACUAGCACGAUGCUUUUAUCGAAAGUGUCCAAAGCCAGCUACGAAGUUUCUCUUGGAAAGCUUUUCGCCGCCGCCGAUGGGGAGCGUUGCGCAAAUUGUUCUUGUUCAUAUCAAGACCAUGAAGACAAACAAUCGUUCAAUAGACGCAUUGCGAGAGAAAAGGCAAGUUUAGAGAGAGAGAACGAAGAACUCCGAUUGAAGAAGAAGAAACGGUUAGAAAUAAUCCAAAACGCUAAAAAUCGGAUGCGCGAAGCCAAGGAGAAUGGCAUAAUACUCGAAAAAAGUCACUUCUGUCUUCUUACCGGUAAGCGGCGAAAAAAUUGCAACGACUGUAUGGAAUGCAAGCAGUUUUGUACGCUUACCAAUUCUUCUUUUUUCACUGUUGAUAGCGAGAUGCUUUAUUGCCAUUUAUGUGGGUGUGCUGCCACCGAGCACGAAGUCGACUGGGAGGCAGACAAAGAAGAGAAGAGUAAACAAGAAAGAGAAAAUAAGUGGCGUUGGGAGCAAUACGAAAGACAACAGAAGCAAAAAGAACGCCAUCGUGCCGACGACGGCGACGACGGCGAAUAUUUGAACAUUCUCGAGUUGAGCAGAGAAGAAUUUCGUGGUAACGUUGACAUGCUGAAGAAGCAAUAUCGGCGCAAAGCACUUGCGUAUCAUCCCGACAAGAACAAAAGCUCUGGAGAAAAAUUUGUCUUAUUGACAAAAGCUUAUCAAAUACUUUUAUCAAAGUAUAGCCACAAAUGA